CAGUUACCAGGAGAGGGAACAGUAAGUGGCAGUCACACAGCAAGGACUGAGAUUUCACGUGACCUGACAGGUAUAACAAUGGGUUGCUUCUCCUUCCUCAAGACCUUGAUGUUUGUUUUCAAUGGAAUCAUAUUUUUGGGCGGGGUAGCAGUGCUGGGCAUCGGUAUCUGGGUGAAGGUGGACGGAGGCUCCUUUCUUCAGAUUCUGGGUUCCGCAGCCCCCCAGCUCAUGCAGGUGGUGAAUGUGGGGUACUUGUGCAUGGCAGUCGGAGGGUUCCUUAUACUUAUGGGAUUCCUUGGCUGCUGUGGGGCUGUAAAGGAGAGCCGCUGCAUGUUAAUGUUGUUCUUCAUUAUCAUCCUCAUUAUUUUUAUUGCUGAAGUGGCAGGAGCUGUAGUAGUGCUGGCAUUCUCCUCUUUGUCUCAGAUCUUCAUUGAUUACCUGGGUAACGUGUCUGUGAAAUAUCUGCAUAACGAUUAUGGUGAAAGUAAUGAACUCACCACAAUAUGGAAUGCGACCAUGAAAGAGUUAAAAUGCUGUGGAUUCUAUGGAUAUGAGGAUUUCACCAACUCUACGUACUAUGAGAAGAACCAGCAGUACCCGUCAGUAUGCUGUGCCAACAAUAGCCCAUGCCAGAAGAAUAAAAUCAGCUCUGAAGUGAAGGGCUGCCUGGUUGCCUUCGAGCACUUCUUUAGUCACAACGGGAAGAUUGUUGGUGGAGUGGCUUUGGGGAUCUGCGCUCUUGAGCUCGCGGCAAUGAUCGUCUCCCUCGUGCUUUUCUGCCACAUCGGUAACAGCGCGUGAUCCCCUCACUAAACAUGGCGGCUCCUGUUAUAGUGAAAGCCGUGAGCUGGACUCAUUGGUGCCAGGCAGGCCUCUGAUUGGCUGCUUAUUCGCUGUCUAUCAACCUCUGAUUUCCUUCUAUUGGAUGUACCCGGUUCCCCAGGCUCCACCUUCUUUUCUUGGACUUAGGUUGGAUGUACUACACCCUCUACACACUUCUGCUUUCCUAAUUUGCAGUUAGUUUAGGUGCCUGCUGCAUACUACACUGAUUUCUAAGCAGCCACACAACAUCAUUCCUCCCAACAAUUGCAAGUCAGGCCACAGCACCGAUAAAUGCUCUGGUAAGCCCUACCCCAUUUGGAAUCAGCUCUUGGAGAAUGUACCACUUUAAUUAGGACCUAUGGAAACAAUGCAAUUUGCUGCUAAACAGCCAUGCAGCAAAAAUCCGCACAGCAGGGAACGUUCCAAAGAGCAGAGAUAUAAAAGGAGAGAUGAAAUACCUUUAAAAAAA